AUCGACAGAUUUGGCUUUGAGGAAUCAAAUUCCAGCAAGACGCARGAGUCUGCCGAGGAUCAAGAUCAAUCCCAAAGGUUUUGUGACCAACUCACAGUGCUCAUCAACGACAUCGGGAUCGCCAUGAAAACUUUAGGCUAUGCAGUUUAUCGUGGUAAAAUAUACAAGCACAUGGAAAAAUCAAAAUACACUUACUCGUACAAGUGUGACCCCAGACCUUUUGUGAACAUUCURGCAGCCAAUGAGGAUUUCAAGGCGCGCCUCCUAAAGGACAUGAAGAAGGUGAUUGAUAUCCUGUCCGACCCCUUUUGUGAAGUCAUCCGACCGAUAAAUGUGAAUUACGACCUCAUCGAGGUGAAUGAUGGCUACUGUUGGUCAAUCAAAGGACGUCGAUUUGUUKACCAUGCAAUUGACGAAAAAGACAUCGGACAAAUCACGCCCAGAGCGUUCUGUCCUUUUGACCAUGCGAAGGAGCCCAACCCCAAGUACUUUCGAGAGAUUCUGGAAAAUAGUCUGAGUGAAGUGGAUAUUGAAAUUUUCUGCGAAGACUUUUUGAAAUUGCUGAACUAUAAUAAAAAAAAGCACAAGGAAAAGGUGCCAUGCCUCGUCGGGGAUACAAACAGUGGCAAAACGAGCUUAUUUAUUCCACUGCUCGGCGUCAUACACCAUCAAAACAUUGCUACCAUCACCAAACAACGAGUGUUUAACAAAGCAAUGAUUACAGAUUACACCGAAGUGGUGUUCAUCGACGAAGCCACGCCGUCAACCUUAGACAUCGAUGACUGGAAAAUACUCACUCAGGGAGGUUACGCUGCGCWUGACGUGAAAUACCGAACAGCCAAGUCGUUCAUAAAUCGAUGUCCCAUGAUCAUUACAGCCCAAAACAAGCUCGAGUUCGAACCAGAACAUCAACCAGCCAUGGAGCGCAGACUUAGGACGUACACGUUCAAGAGUCUUCCACGACUGAAGAAGCGAGCCGCAGAAUGGCUCCAAAGACAUCCAAUGGAGUGCAUAGUUUGGGCGGCAUCGAAAGCACGCCAAGCAGAGGAUGAGGUGGACAGUGGCACGGAUGAGAGCGAACACCAGGAGGAGUCUGAUACACAGGAUGGUUUUCUCAAGGAGUCUGAGAAAGAAGCUCUAAAAUCACUGGUCUUCAAAGAUGUAUUGACAAAUGACACCACGCCGAUGAUUGGCCGUCAACAAGGCGAUGACGAGAUUAACGAGAGCGGCGAGGAGGAGGAGGAGGAGGAGGAGGAGGACGACGACGACGACGAAACACAGGAUUUAUUGCUGUCAGGAGAGUUUCAAGAAGACUCUGAGAAAGAUAAAAGUAUGGUCCGCGCUCUGAAGAAAACACUAAGACAGUGUUCUUCGAAUUCGCUGCGUUAUCGACAGCUCCAGCAACUUCUCCAGGGCCAUUUUGAAAGGAUGCGAGAAGAAAAGGAGCACAACGAAAGAGAAUACAGACGAAGACAGGAAAUCCUAGAGUCGAAAGGAGUGUCGAGGGAAAGCGUAGAUCUCCUUCCGGCAGAUGACAUGGAACCCAUGCCCCCACAAAUCCAGCAAGAAUUGGAAGCCAUCCACCAGAAAUUGCUAGAGAAGAGAGAACGAGAAGAAGAMAAUAAGAUAAAGACCGCUUUUGAAAAUCCAUGGGUGGAAAGAACCGAGCGCAAACUAUACGCCUGCGUCUUAAAACUGCAGUCCGAUCCAACCAACACAACCCAACGGAAGUCCACAAAUUGUUUACAGGAGAUUUUGAGUGACAAGCUGAAAACCCAYUUCACCAAUCUAAAGUUGUUCAAGUGCGAAAAAGCAGUUUUGGAGAGGCGAAAAAAGUGUGUCGAAUGGGGUCUACUAGAAGAUAACMUGAAGCAUCUGGUUACCUCAUUGCAUGAGGCUUUACCAUUCACCCCACAAGAGAGAGUAGACGAAACCGAAAAGGGAUCGGCCGACGUACCAAGUCAAUCCCUUUUGACCGCUCAAUCUCAAGAACACGAGGGUUUUAUAAUAGACCGAAUGAAAAGGCGCCAAGAAGACGCUCAAGAGGCCAGGCCAAGCGGGAAUAGCCCCAAGAGACCCAGGAUAACUUCCCUAUUGAGUUAUUUCAUGAAACCAAAAUAA